AUGGAUGUCCUACAGGGAGAAGAGAUGAAUGAUAAUGAAGAUGACAAGCACUGGCAUCACCACGAGUCUUGGGGAAAGGGAAAUGCAAAUGAGAGAUGCAGACAUAGUCAGCAGGCACAAAGUGGUACAAAGGCAGAAAUCACGGAGAGCAAAAGCAAAAAACAGAAGUCACGAUGCACUAAAUUUCAUAAGGAGCCAAAGACUUCAGACAAAUACUGUGUGCAGCAGCUCAAGGAGUUUGAUGGAAAGAGCUUGGUCUCAGUUACUAAGGAUGGUCUGGAGCUCCCUGAGGAUGAGGAGGAGAAGAAAAUGGAAGAGAGCAAGGCAAAAUUUGAUAAUCUCUGCAAGCUCAUGAAAGAAAUCUUUGAUAAGAAGGUUGAGAAGGUGACAAUCUCCAAUAGGCUUGUGUCUUCACCCUACUGCAUUGUGACCAGCACCUACAGCAGGACAGCCAAUAUGGAGUGGAUCAUGAAAGCCCAGGCACUUCGGCACAACUCCACCAUGGAGGCCAAAAAGCAUCCGGAGAUCAACCCCGACCACCUCAUUGUGGAGACACUGCGGCAGAAGACUGAGGCAGACAAGAAUGACAAGGCAGUCAAGGACUUGGUGGUGCUGCUGUUUGAAACUGAUCCUCUGUUUUUAACUACCACACAGAUGGCACUGCACCAUGCUGUGUGCUCAGCAGCCUAUAGACUCCUGUCUUCAGAAGUGAUCAGUUGCCUAACAUAA